AUGUCUGAAUAACAAAACUAAUUCAAAUAAGGAAUAGGCAAUUAUAAAGGUCUUAUGAUUUGUACAAGGCCUAACGAAAAGAUAGAACAUAAAGAAAAUCAUCCAUUUAUCUCUAGAGUUGAUAAAAAAGAAUUGCUUGGAACAAAUCCAGUUGCCAAAAUAUAAUUUAAUUAACCAAUUAAAAGAGUACAUAUUGUUUUAUCAAGACACAAAUAAUGGCUUGAAUAAUAUAAGAAAUAUGUUAAGCAUAAAUAAUAAACAAAUAAAGAAAAUAAUGAAAAUAAAAUAAAAAAGACAAAUAAAGUAAAUAAAAUAAUAAUAAUUCAAUUUAAAAUAUCAAAAUAGUUAAGAUAAUAAUCUGUUAGAAGGAUAGCUUAAAGAAAGAGUAAUAUUUAAAACGAAAACACAGAUUUAAACUAAUAAAAUUCAGUAGAAAAUGAAGAAAAUUUAUACAUAUCAAAUCAAUAACUUUAAAAUAUUCUUAGAGUUAAUAACAGCAAUAAAAAACCUUAAUGGUCUAAAAGCGAAUAAUAGAUUUAAAAAGAAGAAGAUUAAGAAUGUUAAGACUUACUUGAUUUUGCUAAUAAUCUAGACUACGAAUCUUAUAUUAAUGAUUUAGAAGUUUAAAGCGUAGUAAAAGCUUUAAAAGAUAGAAUAAGCAAUAUAAAAGUAGAAUAAAGUCAAAAAGAAAAUUAGAGUUAAUCUUAAUAAUAAGAUGAAACUUAAAAAAUAUAAUAAAGUUAGAAAUCUGUAAAAAUAAAAAAUUAAUAAAAAACUGAAUUAAAAACUGAAUAAAAUAAAUAAGAAUUAAAAGAAGAUUGGAAUAGCGAAACAAACGUUGAAGGGACUAAAUUCAAAAGUAAUUUGAUGGAUAAGAUAGUAAAGCAUUUAGCGGAAAAGAUUUUAAAAAAUAAUAAAUAUUUAAAGGGAAUAUAUUCACAAAAUUCAAUAAAAUAAUUAUUAGUUGGAGAAGUUAAGAAAUACUUUUAAA